AUGAGGCUCCUUCCACGUGACACAAGCCUCAACACGGUCGCUAGUGCCCUCUCCCUAGCGGCUGCAAACUACAAGCCCAUCCCGCAGCUUCCCACCGCCAACCAGAGCACCUCCAUCGCCAGUUCUGGUCAGGGUCGCAAUGCCCUCAACAGCAAGGGUAACUCGUUCCAGGUUCAGAAGACCGGUUCCACCACCGACUGGUCCGCAACGCACAAGACUUCGGACUGGGGUGUCCCUUCCACUCUCUUCAUCCCUGUCGAUGCUGCCAACCAGACCACGAGCGCCGACGGUCGCAAGCUCGCCUCGUCCCGCUCGGUCGGUCCAGGCAACUGCCCCUAUUCCGCCGGAUACACGCCAAAUGGCGGCUGGGACAAGCUCCCAGCCCCCGUAUUCCCCGAUUUUGACCCGGUCAAGGCGACCAUCAUGCGAUACCGCCAGCAGCAGGGCGUCAACCUCGGCUCGUGGUUCGUACAGGAGGGCUGGAUGGAGGGUGGCUUCAUGUCGUGUGCCACGGGCACCAAACAGGCCGAGUUCGAUAUUCUCGACGGCUUUGGCACCUCGCGAGACGGUCUCUCUUCUGCCCGCGCUUACAUGGAGCAGCACUGGGACACCUGGAUCACCGAAGACGACUUCAGGAAGCUCGCCCAGAUGGGUAUCAAUACGGUGCGCCUCCCCAUCGGCUACUGGUCCGUAGGACCCUACUUCACCCACUACAGUCCCUUUGAGCAGUACAGCUCUGUCUACGAGUACAGUUGGCGCUACGUCGCACGUGCCAUCAACUGGGCCGCCAAGUACGACAUUGGCGUCAUCGUCGACCUGCACGGCGCGUACGGCUCGCAAAACGGCCAGGCCCACUCGGGUCUCAACGACGGCAACAUCCAAUGGUACAACUCGUGGAAUCAGAACCUUACCACCGAGAUUCUCGUUUGGAUCGCCAACGAGAUCUCGGACGUGACCAACGUGAUCGGCAUCCAGCUGCUCAACGAGCCCCAGAACCGCGACAGCUACUGGACCUGGCUGCCCACCGCCAUGGACGCCAUGCGCGCAGCCUCGCCGUAUGCCAAGACCAUUCCGCUCUAUUUCCACGAUGCCUUCGUCCUCGAAAAGGGCGCUGCAUUCGUCCAGAAGCGAUCCGACUUUGUCGUCUCGGACCACCACGCCUACUACGUCUACACCCCUCAGGACCAGGCCCUGUCGGCACAGGGCCACAUCUCGAAGCUCGACGGAUCCAUCAUGAACCAAUUUGUUCAGCAGUCCGCUGUGGCGCGUCGCAACCUCAUCGUCGGCGAAUGGUCGUGCGCCCUGGCGUGGAGCUCGAUCCAGGGCAGUCAGAACCCGAACAGGGACCAGACCGAGUUCUGCCAGACUCAACAGGAUAUCUGGCAGACCACCGGUGCAGGCUGGACCUUCUGGUCGUACAAGAUGGAGAACUGUGACCAGAAUUCGGGUUGGUGCUUCCAGAGCGCUGCCAACAAGUUCCUGUCUGGCAACUUUUCGUCGUGGGGCAUCCCCAUGUCGAAGCUUUCCCUCGCCGGGAUCGCCAACGCCACGGGCGACAAGCUCUCGCCUCUUGCCUCGCUGCGCACCGACAUCAGCCGCGUCCGUCUCCCCACCAACGGCACCUCGGCCACCGCAGGCAAGUCUUUCCUCGUCGUUGCCGGUGAGGAGGACGAGGACCCGUUCACCCUGGUCGGCCCCAACGGUUUCGGAAACUCGCUCUUCACGCCCGCAGCUGCCGACGCCGCCGAGAGUGCUGUAGCCGCCCGCGGAGUCGGCGGCUUCGCCUCGCGCGCCGCCCGCGUUGUGCAGCAGGAGCGACGUGCCGCCACCAACGCGAGCGUCUCCGACCGCGGCUUCUCGGACGGCUUCUACACCUCGCGCAUCCUGGCUGCGUCGACCGACUCGCUCUCGCGCCUCGGCUUCGCCACCCAGUACCAGCAGGACACGUUCAAGGCCUACCUUGACGCCGGCCGCUUCAAGACGUCCGACCGCGCCGCGUACAACGCCCAGUUCGUCCAGGGCGUCAAGGCCGCCGAAAACGCCAUCAGCUUCCUCGUCUCGAGCUACGUCUCCAAGGCCAAGAACUGA